GAGGGGCGCCCGCGGGGGCCGGAGGGGCGAAGGCGCGAGAGCGCGAGUGCGCGUGCGCGAGCGGCGGGGCUUUCUCCGGAGCCGUCGGAGGGAGCGGGAGCGCUUCUCCCGAGAUUGCUUGGCUGUGGUCCAGCAUGCAGAAGUGAGUGUGGGGUGAAAAGCAGCGGAUCCUGAUGGGUUGCGAGGAUGUAAGAGCGUUUGAAGGCUUCCACACCCUCUCCUCCAGGACAGAAUCAUGAAUAAACUGGAGGACAAGCAGGACCAGAUGAUACCAUGAAGAGAAGUUUACAGGCCCUCUAUUGCCAACUGUUAAGCUUUCUCCUGACCUUGGCACUGACCAAAGCACUGGUACUCGCCGUCCAGGAACCAUCUCCCAGGGAAUCUUUGCAGACCCUUCCCUCAGGCAGCCCCCCAGGCACCAUGGUGACAGCCCCUCGCAGCUCUACCAGACUCUCCUCCGUGGUGACACUGAACCCCAAACCUGAUGGACGCACCUCGCAGGCUGCAGCUACUAUGGAAACAACCGCAUCUCAUCCAGAAAGGCAGCCUCCUACAGACACCACAUCCACUGUUGUGACAGCUGCUGUCCCCCAUCCUGAAAGCCCUCUGCCCACAGGUUCCCCUCCAGCUGCCAUGGCAACCACAUCCUCCCACUCAGAGGGCCGCCCCCCAGGGGAUGCUGCCCCCACCAUCCUGCCAACAAAGCCAGCAGGAGCCACCAACCGCCCCACAGUGUCCCCACGGGCCACCACUCGUAGGCCCCCCAGACCCCCAGGCUCUUCCAGGAAGGGGGCUGGUGGUUCAUCUCGUCCUAUCCUACCUGUACCCAGUGGCCACUCAGCAAGGAAGGAAGGCCAGAGGGGACGAAAUCAGAGUUCAACACACCUGGGGCAGAAGCGUCCUCUGGGGAAAAUUUUCCAGAUCUACAAGGGUAACUUUUCGGGGUCCGUGGGGCCAGAGCCCUCUGCUCUUACCACCAGGACCCCACUCUGGGGCUACUCCUCUUCACCGCAGCCCCAGACCGUGUCUCCAGCCACAGCACCCAGAAGCACCUUGUGGGUUCCUCCCACGACCCUGGUACCUGUGAAGGACAAGCCAGGCCUUAUCAGAGCCAACCAGGGGAGUGGCCCCACAUCUACCAGCCCAGCAGGGGAACCGGAUGCCACAGCAGCCUCAGGUGUCCCUGCCAGUACACAGCCUGCCCCAGUGCCUUCUCAGCGCCCUCAUGGUGACGUGCAGGACAGCCCUAGCCACAGUGACUCUUGGCUUGCUGUCACCCCUGACACUGACAGACCCCUGUCUGCCAGCUCUGGGGUCUUCACGGCUGCCACGGGGCCCACCCAGGCUGCCUUUGAUGCCAGUGUCUCAGUCCCUUCCCAGGGCAUCCCUCAGGGAGCAUCAGUAACCCCUCAGGCCCCAACCUGGCCCUCUGGGGUCUCAGAAAGCACUGUUUCUCCAGUUGAGGAGAAGGACGAGGCCUCCCCCACAACAACCGACAGGGGACCGAGACCCCUUUCCACAGUGCUGUCCACAGCCACAGGCAACUUCCUCAACCGCCUGGUCCCUGCUGGGACCUGGAAGCCAGGAACAGUGGGCAACAUCUCCCACGUGGCUGAAGGGGACAAGCCCCAGCACAGAGCCACCAUCUGCUUGAGCAAGAUGGAUAUUGCCUGGGUCAUCCUGGCCAUCAGUGUGCCCAUCUCUUCCUGCUCCGUCCUGUUGACAGUGUGCUGCAUGAGGAGGAGGAAGAAGACGGCCAACCCCGAGAAUAACCUGAGCUACUGGAACAAUGCUAUCACCAUGGACUACUUCAACCGGCAUGCAGUGGAGCUCCCAAGGGAGAUCCAGUCCCUGGAGACCUCAGAGGACCAGCUCUCCGAGCCCCGCUCCCCAGCCAAUGGAGACUAUCGAGACACUGGGAUGGUCCUUGUGAACCCCUUCUGCCAGGAAACACUGUUUGUGGGAACGGAUCAAGUUUCUGAGAUCUAGAUGCAGCAGCCUCUGUGUUGCCACUCCCUAUUUUUUGUCUCUAAAUUAUAAAUAUACAAAUAUAUAUAUUAUAAAUAUAAUCUUUGUGUAACCCUGACUUAAUAAGAAACAUUUUCAGCUUUUUUUCUUAAGAAUUGUCAACAUCUUUUUUACAAGUGUGGUUUAAAAAAAAAAUUUACAGAAUGACCCAUGGCUUUAUAAAAUAAAGGUAUUUCUAAGCAAAGCAGUUGCACUGAUUGCUUCUCUUGGCUGUUCUGGGCACAUAGGGGUCCCAGGAGCCCUGGGCAGGUGAGGAAAGAGACCAAUCCCCCCAUGGAAGCUGAAUGACUUGAUGGCCAAGUAAGUGGUCCCAUGUGUGUCCCUGAAGCUUUGGUUCCCUUGACUCAAUAUGUCUGCAUUUCCUGUCUCCAUGUGUGUAUACUAGUGGCGGGAACUGGGGAGCCAAAGCAGAAGACACAGGCAAGCGUACAAAACAGAAGGGAACUAGCCACCCUGAAGUCUCACGGUGCCAUCUCUGAAUGUCAAGUUAUAAUGGAUCUAUGGGAGACAUCAAGGCAUCAUGGAGUUCCAAGGCCCCUUAUAUCACCCCACAGGGUGCUCCCACCCUGCUAGAACAAACGGGACUGCGUUUGUUUAGCAAGAAAGUGCUCCCUAGAAACCCUUCCCUGCAUCCCUUUCCAAUGCCUCCCCCUCGCCCUGGACCCUAUGCCUCUCUUCCUGGGAGGAUGGAUGCAGAGACCAGCCUUGGGGCUGUGCCACACUUGAUCUUCCCUGUUCAAGGGACAAGUAUUUGUUGAGAUUCUGUAUUGCUCUCUCUGAAGGCAAUGAUGUUAUGCCCCCUGAGAAACCAGUCUAUAAAAAAGCCUGGUGUAGAACUAUUUUUUUUUUAACCUUUUCCAUUAAAUCUUUAAAGAAAAAGAUUGCCAAAUGAAUCGCUCGAGAGAAGUGCCAUUCUGUCUACAGGCAGAAGCGCUGCAGACCUGCCCAUGAACUUGCUAUCAGCUUUCACUGUCCCCUGCCUCCCGGCUCUUGCGUCCCCUGGUCCAGGUCCAACUGCAUUCCCAGCUCACACUGUGCCCAGUGUGGUCAAUAGGGAGCAGACCCUCAGAGACCCGGAGGGGCCAUGGGAGACAGCCGCUUUCUCUCUUCCCUUCCUAGCCCACCGUGGCUAGAAAUCCAACUUCUUCAAUGCCCCCUUAAAAGAAAAAUAGUUUGAUAGUAUAUUUUGAAUAUAGAUGUUCUUAUUGUCAGAUUGGGACUUGAACUGACUGUUGAUUUCGAUGUCUGUGUUGUUGCUGUGGUCUUCUUUCCACGACUUCCUCUCCUCCUCCCUUCUCCUUUCAGACAGAGAGGCGGCCUUCAGAAUUAACAUGUGUCCUCAAUGUUGUGUGGACCUACUGAACAUGAGUCUGCUUGUCUCUUUUCAAAGACUUCAUCCCACAAGCGCAGCAGGUUAAAUGUCGUGCCGAGACUCACUCUCUCACGUGUUGCUGUCUGACCUUAACCUUAUCAUAAUAUUUCUGUUAGCUAUUGCAUUGACUAUGCCAAUGUGUGUGAGUAUGUAUAGAGAAAACUUGUUUGUAAAGUAAAAUUUAUAUAUAAUAUAUGUCAAAGAUACAUAUGUUAUAUAUACAUUUGUGGAUGUAUGACUUAUUUUUCCGUAUCCACAGAAUUCAGCUACCAUGUAUAUAUAAAUAAACUUAUU